UCCCGCAACUGGUGCCGUACCCAUCCGAUGGACAGGCCCAUGGAGCCCCUCGUCCUGCCCUCCACAGCUUUCGCUUGAAUCUCUCUCAUUCUCCCCCCCUCCCAAGUUAAUUCUCCCCAUCUUUCUGACCAGCUGCCACCAGCCUCCUCGGCUGCUCGCUCGGCUGCGUUUUGACGGGUAGCUAGCUAGCUAGGGCCUUGGCUGGGAAUGGCGGAGGAUGUGGGGAGGAGGAGGAUGCAGCAGCAGCAGGAGGAGGAGGAGGAUGAGCGUUUGAAGGCGGCGGCGGCGGCGGUGGAGGAGGGAGGAGGGAAGAUGAAGAGGAAGCGGGGGAGGGUGGAGUUGCGGCGGAUAGAGGACAGGACGAGCCGGCAGGUUCGCUUCUCCAAGCGGCGGAGCGGGCUCUUCAAGAAGGCCUUCGAGCUCUCCGUGCUCUGCGACGCCGAGGUUGCGCUAGUUGUCUUCUCUCCCGCCGGCCGCCUCUACGAGUUCGUCUCCUCCGACACCAGCGUUGAGCAAAUUUUUGGUCGAUGCAAGGACAUUCCCGACACGGUAAUUGAUGAUCUGAAUAUAGCAGCACGAGAUUCCAGGGGUUAUUGCAAUAUACAGCUUGAUCUGAACGAGCAGUCAGUUCCAGAGUCAGUAUCUGAACUAAAUAGCUUCGCUCAAAUGGCCCUGGAACUAGAUGUUAAAGAGAUGAGCAUGGCUGAGCUAACCCGCUUCGAGGAAAUUGUUAGAGAAGCAUUGGCAGCUGUUAAGAGCAUCCGUAUUAUGAAGGUGGCUGAGCUCACCCAAACUGAGGCGAGAUUAAGGAGAGAUCCACAGAAGAAAGGGGACAACUGGUCGGGCCAAGAGUCGGGAAAAGAGUGAGGCUGUGAGAACGUUCUGGAAGGGGAGGGUAUAUAUACGUAGGCACAGUCUACAUCUGCAUCCAGACGUUCAGAACCUGCAGCCAAUGUUCAUGCUUGCAAUAGCCGACUCGGUUUAUUGCCUAAGGUUAGAAUGACCUCCUCAGGAAAGAAGAAGCGGGAGCUCUGCUAGUCUGCUAUAUAUCGCCUAAGAACACUGAGCUCAAGUAUCUUGUAUCAAAUUCAAAUAUGCCGUUCUUACGAUACAGCCGGGGCUCUGCUAUUUAUUGCCAUAAGUGCAAUUCAAGAAUUACCAUGUAUUGUUCUAUUGUAUCGAACAUUUGUUUUUGUUC